GCGCCUCGGGGAGGCGCGGCGAUUGGCUGGGCUCGGCGCUGGAACCGGGCUCUGCACCGUUUGACAACCGCAGUCUGCAGGAGGCCGGGCUGAGCGGCCGCCGACCUGGGAGGGGCGGACGGGAGGAAGGGCGGACUGAAGAUCUAAUGGACUGACGCCCGCCGCCCGCCGGAGGGAGGACCGAGACCGACGCCGAAUCCAGACCGCCGCCCUCGCGUUCCCGCCCCACCCGGAGCCGGCGCUUCGGGCCCCGGCAGCCGGCCUCCCGCUGCUUUCUCCUCCGCCGCUUCUGCCGCUUCUCCGGGCUCACCCCGCAGACUGUCAACAUGACGGCCGAAGAAACCGUGAAUGUAAAAGAGGUGGAGAUCAUUAAGCUAAUUUUAGACUUCUUGAAUUCGAAGAAGCUUCACAUCAGUAUGUUGGCUCUUGAGAAGGAAAGCGGAGUCAUAAAUGGCCUCUUUUCAGAUGAUAUGCUUUUCCUCAGGCAGCUAAUCCUUGAUGGUCAGUGGGAUGAAGUUCUUCAGUUCAUUCAGCCUCUAGAAUGUAUGGAAAAAUUUGACAAGAAAAGGUUUCGUUACAUUAUCCUGAAGCAGAAGUUUUUAGAAGCUUUAUGUGUUAACAACGCGAUGUCAGCAGAAGACGAGCCCCAGCAUCUGGAGUUCACCAUGCAAGAGGCUGUGCAGUGUCUACACGCCCUGGAAGAGUACUGUCCUUCUAAGGACGACUACAGCAAGCUCUGUUUGCUCCUGACGUUGCCCCGUCUGACCAACCACGCCGAGUUUAAGGAUUGGAACCCCAGCACUGCGCGGGUGCACUGUUUCGAAGAGGCAUGUGUCAUGGUUGCAGAAUUCAUCCCUGCCGAUAGGAAGCUGAGUGAGGCUGGUUUUAAAGCCAGCAACAAUCGUUUGUUUCAGCUCGUAAUGAAGGGCCUCCUCUAUGAAUGCUGCGUGGAGUUUUGUCAAAGCAAAGCCACCGGAGAAGAAAUCACAGAAAGUGAAGUACUUCUUGGCAUCGACCUCUUGUGUGGUAAUGGUUGUGACGAUCUGGAUCUCAGUUUACUGUCAUGGCUUCAGAAUCUCCCGUCUUCGGUCUUCUCUUGUGCUUUUGAACAGAAAAUGCUUAAUAUUCACGUGGACAAGCUCCUGAAACCCACGAAAGCUGCGUACGCUGAUCUUUUGACUCCUCUUAUCAGCAAACUUUCUCCCUAUCCGUCAUCUCCAAUGAGAAGGCCUCAGUCCGCUGAUGCCUACAUGACCCGCUCGCUGAACCCUGCUUUAGACGGCCUCACCUGUGGGCUGACCAGUCACGACAAGAGAAUCUCCGACCUUGGAAACAAAACUUCCCCAAUGUCACACUCCUUUGCCAACUUCCACUACCCAGGGGUACAGAACCUCAGUAGAAGUCUCAUGCUCGAGAAUACAGAGUGUCACAGUAUUUAUGAAGAAUCCCCUGAACGUGAUACGCCGGUGGAGGCCCAGCAGCCUGUCCACAGUGAGAUCCUGGGCCCCAGUUCUGUGUCCGAGAAAGAGCCUGCGAACGGAACGCAGAAUCCAGGGACAGCCAAGCAAGAAAAAAAUGAGCUUCGCGAUUCAACGGAACAGUUUCAAGAAUACUAUAGACAAAGAUUGCGCUAUCAGCAGCACUUGGAGCAGAAGGAGCAGCAGCGGCAGAUAUACCAGCAGAUGCUGCUCGAGGGAGGCGUGAGUCAGGAGGACGGUCCCGAUCAGCCGCAGAAUCUCACUGAACAGUUCCUUCACAGGUCCAUUCAAAAGCUUGGUGAAUUAAAUAUUGGAAUGGAUAGCCUCGGCAGCGAGGUAUCCGCACUCAACCAGCAAUGUAACGGGAGCAAAGGCAAUGGAUCUAAUAAUUCUUCCCUCACUGGUUUUGCUACACCGCCCCAGGAUUCUAGUCAGAGACUGACACAUGAUGCUUCAAAUGUCUACACAAGCACUCCGCGUAAUUCGGGGUCGACCAAUCACAUACCUUUUCCUGAGGAGUCUCCCCCUUGUGGAAACCAAGUCUCGUCAGAACAUUUGGUCAUCAAGCCACCGCCUGGAGAUUCUUCUGGGAGCCUGUCCAGAUCAAGAGGGGAGGAGGACGACAAAGCAAAGAAGCAGUUUGUGUGUGUUAACACGCUGGAGGACACACAGGCCGUCAGAGCGGUGGCUUUCCACCCAGGCGGCGGUUUGUACGCCGUCGGUUCAAACUCAAAAACUCUGCGAGUGUGCGCCUACCCAGAGGUCAUCGACCCAAGUGCACACGACGCCCCUAAGCAGCCAGUAGUGCGUUUUAAAAGGAACAAACACCACAAAGGAUCCAUUUACUGUGUGGCCUGGAGCCCCUGCGGACAGUUACUAGCAACGGGGUCGAACGACAAAUACGUCAAGGUGCUGCCCUUCAAUGCAGAGACGUGCAACGCGACAGGACCGGACCUGGAAUUCAGCAUGCACGACGGGACGAUCCGAGACCUGGCAUUCAUGGAGGGCCCGGAGAGCGGCGGGGCGAUCCUGAUCAGCGCCGGGGCGGGGGACUGCAACAUUUACACGACCGACUGCCAGAGGGGGCAGGGCCUGCACGCGCUGAGCGGCCACACCGGGCACAUCUUAGCGCUUUACACCUGGAGCGGCUGGAUGAUCGCGUCCGGUUCCCAGGACAAGACCGUUCGAUUCUGGGACCUUCGAGUACCAAGCUGUGUUCGGGUGGUCGGCACAACAUUCCACGGAACCGGCAGCGCGGUGGCGUCCGUAGCCGUGGACCCCAGCGGCCGCCUCUUAGCCACUGGGCAGGAAGAUUCCAGCUGCAUGCUGUACGACAUCAGAGGGGGGAGGAUGGUGCAGAGUUACCACCCUCACGCCAGUGACGUCCGCUCCGUUCGCUUCUCCCCCGGAGCCCACUACCUGCUGACCGGGUCCUACGACAUGAAGAUAAAGGUGACGGACCUGCAAGGAGACCUCACUAAACAGCUGCCCAUCAUGGUGGUGGGGGAGCACAAAGACAAAGUGAUUCAGUGCAGGUGGCACACCAAGGACCUGUCCUUCCUGUCGUCCUCCGCAGACAGAACUGUGACCCUCUGGACUUACAGUGGAUAGAGUGCCCCCGGUGUCAGUCUAGGCAGUGAGAGCACGGGGACUGAAACUACUGAGGUGUGACGAUCCCAGAUUUGAAGGACAGAGACUGACCAGGAAAGUGGCUUAGCAUGAGGAGGCCCCUGUGACCUGUGCCCCUUGGUAGGAACUGCCGGGCGUGUUAUUCUGCAGUGCUUUCGGUCCUCCACGUCAGCGCGUGCCGCCGUGACCUGCUGUGUGUCGUCCCGUUGCCAAAGUCUGCGGCAGAGCUCUUACGUUGUCGGUGUGCCCUCCAGGUCGAGGUGGACGGUGUGUUUACAGUUUAGUAUUAAAGCAUUCCUUGGUCUUUGCCGAAAUAACAGUUUUAUAUACACAUCGAAAUCGAACUAUGCUUUAAGCAUAUUAUUACAUGUAACACAACCAAGUUCUACACAGAUUAAUUAGACAUAGGUGUUCAGAAAUGAAUUUUGUUUUUCUCAGAAUCCCAUGAUAUUGUAUCACUUAUCAGCUGGAGGUCAGAACUUUAUGUGUCUUGAAAGUUACAUGCUUGUUUUCACUGAGGAUCAUUCUGGAGUUUAGAGAUAGAUGGGAAACUGCUUCUUAGUCCAUUAAGUGGCAUAGGCCUUUUCUUUGUCUUAACCAGGGACAUAAUUACUCUUUUGUCACGUUAUUUUGCUUCAGGCUUCAAAGGUAAAUGUGUUUGCUUCAGAAACUUGUUGAGUUCAAUUUUUUGAAUGCAACAGGAUCCCUCCCCCCCACACUGGACUGUGGCAGCAGAGCGGCGGCGGGGGCGACCCAGCCCUCGACGGCACAGUCCGCCUCCCGGCUGGCAUUCUCCUCU